UUGGGUAAAGCCGACCCUGUGUUUCUUUUCUUGCUUUCUGGGUUUUUACAGAUCUGAACCCUAACUUCACUAGUUUUCAUCUUCCCCAUUUGACCCACCCCAAUGUCGUCUCUCAGUAGAGAGCUUGUGUUCUUGAUCCUGCAGUUUCUUGAUGAGGAAAAGUUUAAAGAAACUGUUCACAAGUUGGAACAAGAAUCAGGGUUUUUCUUUAACAUGAAGUAUUUUGAGGAUGAGGUACAAAAUGGGAAUUGGGAUGAUGUUGAGAAGUAUCUUUCGGGUUUUACGAAAGUCGACGAUAAUCGGUAUUCGAUGAAGAUAUUUUUCGAAAUCAGGAAGCAGAAGUAUCUUGAAGCAUUGGAUAAGCAUGAUCGAUCGAAGGCGGUGGAGAUUCUUGUAAAGGAUCUUAAAGUAUUUGCUUCAUUUAAUGAAGAACUUUUUAAGGAGAUAACUCAAUUAUUGACAUUGGAGAAUUUUAGGGAAAACGAGCAAUUAUCAAAAUACGGAGAUACAAAAUCAGCUAGAGCUAUAAUGUUAGUUGAGCUCAAGAAGCUUAUCGAAGCAAAUCCCUUGUUUCGCGACAAAUUACAGUUUCCUAACCUUAAAAAUUCAAGGUUACGAACUCUAAUUAAUCAAAGUUUGAAUUGGCAGCAUCAACUUUGUAAAAACCCGAGACCGAAUCCUGACAUCAAAACGUUAUUCGUUGACCAUUCGUGUGGUCAACCGAACGGUGCACGGGCCCCAUCACCUGCAAAUAAUCCAUUGCUUGGGCCAUUACCUAAAGCCGGAGGCUUUCCUCCUUUAGGUGCACACGGGCCGUUUCAACCUACACAGGGUCCUGUUCCAACCCCGCUUGCCGGUUGGAUGUCUAAUCCGCCUCAAGUAGCUCAUCCGAGUGUUUCCGGUAGUGCAAUUGGUCUUGGUGGGCCAUCUAUUCCAGCUGCUUUGAAGCAUCCAAGAACUCCAACAAAUCCUUCUUUAGACUUCCCAACUGGAGAUUCCGAUCAUAUGAGCAAAAGAACAAGGCCCAUGGGCAUAACUGAGGAGGUAAGUUUACCAAUUAACGCGUUGCCCGCCGCAUUCCAAGGGCAUAAUAGUCAUACGCAAGCUUUUAAUGCACCCGAUGAUUUGCCGAAAACCGUUGCACGAACUCUAAACCAGGGUUCAUCUCCUAUGAGCAUGGAUUUUCAUCCGGUUCAACAAACAUUACUCUUAGUUGGAACAAAUGUGGGCGAUAUCGGAUUGUGGGAAGUUGGUUCUCGGGACAAAUUGGUUCUUAGAAAUUUCAAAGUUUGGGAUAUCAGUGCAUGUUCGAUGCCUUUGCAGGCUGCUCUUGUAAAAGACCCUGGUGUUUCUGUGAACCGUGUAAUAUGGAGUCCAGAUGGUUCGCUGUUUGGAGUUGCAUAUUCAAGACACAUUGUACAAAUAUAUUCAUAUCAUGGCGGUGAUGAUGUUAGACAACAUCUAGAGAUUGAUGCACAUGUUGGCGGAGUUAAUGAUCUUGCAUUCUCUCAUCCCAAUAAGCAACUUUGUGUAAUAACAUGUGGGGAUGAUAAGACAAUCAAGGUAUGGGAUGCUGCAACGGGUACACGACAGUACACUUUUGAAGGUCAUGAUGCUCCAGUAUACUCCGUAUGCCCUCACUAUAAAGAAAAUAUCCAGUUUAUAUUUUCAACAGCUCUUGAUGGGAAGAUAAAAGCUUGGUUAUAUGAUAACAUGGGAUCCCGAGUCGAUUAUGAGGCGCCUGGUCGGUGGUGCACGACAAUGGCAUAUAGUGCUGAUGGAACGAGGCUUUUUUCAUGUGGGACAAGCAAAGAUGGGGAGUCACAUAUUGUGGAAUGGAAUGAGAGCGAAGGAGCAGUGAAACGGACGUAUCUCGGGUUCCGUAAACGAUCUUUAGGUGUUGUUCAGUUCGAUACAACCAAAAACCGAUUUUUGGCAGCUGGUGAUGAUUUUGCUAUCAAAUAUUGGGAUAUGGAUAAUACUCAACUUUUGAUGAGUGUUGAUGCUGACGGAGGUCUUCCGGGAAGCCCACGCAUCCGGUUUAAUAAAGACGGUGCGCUGUUGGCCGUUUCUUCCAGUGAUAAUGGAAUCAAGAUCUUGGCAAAUUCUGACGGUCUUAGAUUGCUUCGCACUUUCGAGAAUCUUUCUUAUGAUGCUGCUUCAAGAACCCCCGAAGCUCCAAAGCCUGCUAUAAAUAAUGCAAUAUCGGCCGCCGCCUCUGUCGCUCCUACUAGUGCUGGAUUAACCGAAAGGGUUGCCUCAGUCGGCUCUAUUUCCGGAACGGUCAAUAAUGGAGAUACCAGAAACUUAACGGAUGUGAAACCGAGAAUUACUGAAGAACCGAACGACAAAUCGAAGAUUUGGAAGCUUACGGAAAUAAGUGAAUCUUCUCAGUGUCGGUCACUGAAGCUUCCGGAAAAUAUGAGAGUAACAAAGAUAUCGAGAUUAAUAUAUACAAAUUCAGGAAAUGCCAUAUUGGCAUUAGCAUCAAAUGCCAUCCAUUUGUUGUGGAAGUGGCAACGUAACGAGCGUAACUCAAGUGGCAAGGCAACAGCGGGUAUUUCACCGCAGUUGUGGCAACCAUCAAGCGGGAUUUUGAUGACGAAUGACGUGGCGGACAUGAACCCUGAAGAAUCAGUGUCGUGUUUCGCUUUAUCGAAAAAUGAUUCGUAUGUGAUGUCAGCAUCAGGAGGAAAGAUUUCUUUAUUUAACAUGAUGACAUUCAAGACGAUGACAACGUUCAUGUCCCCACCGCCAGCAGCGACAUUUCUGGCUUUCCAUCCGCAAGAUAAUAAUAUAAUUGCUAUCGGAAUGGAUGAUUCGACAAUUCAAAUAUAUAAUGUUCGAGUUGAUGAGGUCAAAAGCAAACUUAAAGGCCAUUCGAAAAGAAUUACGGGUCUCGCUUUCUCUCAUGUGCUCAAUGUUCUCGUCUCAUCCGGUGCAGAUUCUCAGAUAUGUGUAUGGAGUUCUGAUGGAUGGGAAAAACAAAAGGCGAAAUACUUGCAACUCCCGUCUGGUAGGGCGACAGCUGCACAAUCGGAUACGCGUGUUCAGUUUCAUCAAGAUCAGACCCAUUUUCUUGUUGUACACGAGACGCAACUCGCUAUAUAUGAAACGUCAAAACUUGAGUGUAUAAAACAGUGGGUCCCACGCGAAUCAUCCGCCACAAUAUCACACGCCACAUAUUCAUGCGAUAGUCAACUCGUAUACGCAUGUUUCUUGGAUGCAACCGUGUGUGUCUUCACCGCUUCUCACUUACGCUUACGGUGCCGCAUCAAUCCAUCCGUUUAUCUUUCCCCUUCGGUUCUCAGCAAUCUGAAUGUGCACCCGCACCCUAUGGUGAUCGCUGCUCACCCACAAGAACCGAAUCAGUUUGCGUUAGGGCUUUCAGACGGGGUGGUUCAUGUGUUUGAGCCGCUCGAAUCAGAAGGCAAAUGGGGGGUCCCACCACCGGCCGAAAACGUUUCAACUAGCAACGUAGCUGCCACGUCACCUGCACGAGGCUCGGGGUCGGAACAAGGGCAGAGAUGACUGUAGUGGGUCCCGCAACACGAGUUUUUUUAAAACACUUGUUUUGCAUGGGAGGGAAGCUUUAAAGAUUUAGAUGUGUUGUGUUGAAGUAGUAGAUCUAACUUGGUGUAAGGUAAAUGUUGAAAUGAUUCUAGGGUUUUUA